AUGGAGGAUAUAAAAUAAGCCAUAAACCUUUGCGUAAAACCCUAAAAUCAGCAAGAAAUAGAAAAAGGCCAAUAAUUUUUAGAAUCCUAAAGCUUACAACCUUAAUACAUAGUAAAAUUACUAGUAAUAGCCGAAGAUACACAACUCGAUAUAAAUAUUAGAUAAUUCUCAUUAGCAAACUUAAAAAACAAUAUAAAGAAAUAUUGGAAACCGAAAAAAGAUGAGGAACCUCGCUUUACUGAAGAAGAUAAAAACACAGUAAGAAAUAACAUAUUAGAAGCUUUAAUUCGUUCAUCUACUAUUGAUAAAUUAUGCAAGCUUUACACAAAAAUAAUAUAUGAUAUCUGCGCUUACGACUAUCCUUAAAACUGGUCAGAUUUUGUUGACUCUGCAAUAUAAAAAUUGACGACAUCUUAAGAUGAAAAAGAAAUUUAUGGAUGUUUAUAAUGUUUACUUUAAAUUUUUAGCCAUUUAUAAUUUGAAUUAAAUGAAAGAAAGCCUUUAGAUGAUUUAAUUUUGAAAACUUUCCCUGCUUAUUAACUUCUUUUAUAGAAGCUUAUCCCUGUAUAUAAUUAAGAUAAUGCUUAUCUUUUAAAACCUAUCCUAAAAUCAUUUUUCAUGACCAUAAAUCUUUAAUUAUCUAUUCAUUUAUAAAAACCAGAAGCUUUAGAUGAAUGGUUGAAAUUUUUCAAAAUGUUAAUAGAUUCUAUUAUGCCUUCUGAAUUAACAUCACCCACAACUAACCAAGAAAUAAUGGACUAAAGAAAUAAGCAUCCUUUAUGGAAGAAUAAAAAAUGGGCUGGCCGUAUAAUAAACCGCUUCAUAAUAAGAUACUCUAAUCUAAAAGUAAUCGAAAAAGAACUCAUUCCAUUAGCCGAAUGGUUAAUAGAAGCUCAUAUGCCUAAAUAUCUUGAAUCUUUCCUUAACUAAUUAGUUUUAUCCCAAAAACAAUUCAUAGGUAACGCUACAAUUCACUUUUCAUUAAAAUUCUUAGUAAAAUCUAUCCGAUUUUCUAAAUUAUUUACCAUUCUAGUGCCUUAUAUCGAAACUAUUCUCUACGACUGUCUUAUUCCCCUAUUAAGUUUCACCCCUAGAGAACAUGAUCUAUGGCAAAAUGAUCCACAUGAAUAUAUAAGAUAAGAAGAUGAAUUUAUAUCUUCUGAUGAAUUAAAUAGCCAUAAAAUAAUAGCUACAGAACUGAUACUCAAUCUAGUUAAAAACGAAUUUUCUAAAACUUAAUACUUACUCUAACUUCUCCCUUAUUGUGUAUCUUAUUUAGAAAAAGGCGUAAAUCCAAGAAACGAGUCUUAGUAAUUAUCCCUAGCUACUAAAGACGGAAUAUUUUUCUUAAUAGGCCAAUUAAAAGACAUUAUCAUUAGAGAAAACUCUGUAAAAGAUUCAUUGGAAUUGCUACUCUAAAAAUACGUCUUUGUAGAAUUUUAGAAUUAAAACGAUAUUAUAAAAGCCAGAGCAUGCUACUUAUUAGGUAAAUAUGGUAAUAUUGACUUCCAAAACCCCCAAAAUAUAAUUCAAUCAGUCUAAGGUAUCACUUCUUGUAUGGCAAAUGCAAAUCUUCCGGUCAGAUUUAAGGCUGCUUUGGCUUUAAAUACUAUAAUUUAACAAAAGCAAGCCAAAGAAUUAAUCAAAAAUCACCUCUAAGACGUUCUUAAAAUUUACUUGAAAUUGAUGGAUGAAAUCGACAGUGAAGAACUUGUGUCUGCCUUAGAAGGUUUAGUAGAAUAAUUUGAAGAUUAAAUAGCACCUUUUGCCUAUGAUUUAUGUUUACAUUUAACUUCUGCUUUUUUCAAAUAUAUCCAGAAAUUAUCCGAUACAGAAAAAGAUGAAGGAGAAAGCGAAAUGGCAGCCUCUUAGUGUAUUUAUGCUAUAGGUAAAAUAUAUUCUUCUCCGAUUUCUUAGUAAGUAGUUUAAAGCCUAGAAUCAUUAGUUUUACCAGUCAUAAAUACUUGCUUAACAAAAGAAAACUGUUUUAUUGAUGAAAUCUUACAUUUAUUAUAGUAGAUUGUAUAUAAAAGUUAAAAAAUAUCAGUUGAUUAAUUCUUCUAUUUCCCUAUUCUCACCUAUAUUUUAUGCGGAAAAGAAAACGUGGAUUUAUCAAACAUUAAAGGCCUUAACGAAGAAUAAAUGAAGCUUUUAGAAAGUGCAGUUAUAGGUUGGGGAUUAGAAUAUGUAAAUGAAAUAGUAAUAAUAUUGAAAAAUUACAUAUAAAAAGGCGAUGAAUUAUUCUGGAAUGCAAAAGAUAUGUUCGGAGUUUCUUUCUUAGAAUUAAUAUUUUUAAUAGUGAAAAAAAUGUACUUUAUAGGCACAAAUGGAAAAAACGAUGAAGAUGAAGGAGGAAUGAUUAGUUCAAUUUAAUUAUUUUAUACUUUAAUAGAAAAUAAUUUAACUUCUGGUAAAAUUAACGGAGUUUUAUUAUAGUAAAUUAUCACAUAAACCUUAUCUAAUUUAAAUAGUUCGAAAAUUAAAUAAGAUGUAGCAGUUGCUAAUUUAGAUACUUUGUCUCUUUGUUUGUAUUUUAAUUUUCAAGAAACUCUUAAUAUUCUAUAUAAUCAAUUAGGAGUCUAAGAUUUUUUGAAACUUUUCAAUAGAUGGUUUUCACUACUUUAAUUUUUCAAAAAUGAUUAUAAUAAAUAGAGAAUUCUAUUAGGAUUCUCUACUUUGAUAUCUUAUCCCAAUUUGCCUAAAGAGUUAGUUGAUUUAGUACCCAGAAUUUUAAAGGAGUGUGUUAAUAUUACUACCUAGAUUAUCUAAUUAAGAGAAGAUGAAGAGUUUGAAGAAGAUAAUAGUUAAGAUGGAGGUAAUAGUACAGGCGAUUUCGCAGAUAUUGGAUAAUAGAAAUAAAAAUAUGAAAAUUAAGAUUAUGAUGAUGAUUUCGAUGAAAACUUUGAUCCGUUUUCCAAAUAUAAAUAUAAUUAUUGUUAUAACUGUCCUCUUGAAAACGUUGAUGAAAUUUUAUUUUUAGAAUAAGAACUAAUAAAAGUAUAAAGUAAUAGAGCAUAUUAUACUCAUUUAACAAAUCUAUUGUAAGAUUAAGAUAAACUUAAACUUUAAGAAAAUAUAAACUAAGCAAGAAAGGAUUACUAAGAAUAUCUACAAAAUAAUUAAAAAUGAAUUUAGAAUUAAAAAUAUGUGUAUUUUUACGAUUUUUUUAUAUUUUAUAGAUUUUAAUUAGUUUAUUU